CCAACAAGUAUGUCAAGUUCAGCCAAACCAAUAGAUAUAAAUGAUUUCAAAGAAGCCAUAGCGGAUUUGGGUGAUUCCAAUUUGUUUUCGCUAAAGGUGCAAUUAGAAAAUUCGAUUUCAAAACUUGAAGAGACUAAUUUGAUACUUGAACAAGAAAUCAGCACUGUUAAGGAAAAUUUGAAAAAGGAAACCAAUCAGGGGAAGCUAGAUGACUUGAAGGGGGACUUGACAUUGUUUCAAGAAUCAAUUGAGGAAAACAUGCCAGUCAUUUCAAAUCAACGUGAACGUAUUAAUACUUUGAACAUUGAGUUGACUAAAAGAGGUUUGAUCAACGAAGGGAAACCCAUAUCGAAAGAAGAUGAAGGAGUCUACUUGUGAUUUAAAGAUAUUUACAUGAUUAUUAACAUAUAUAUGUAUAUAUACAAGAAUAUUAGUUCUUUUUAACUGUGGUAAUAUCAGAACCAAAUAAUUUAUUAACAAAUGGUUUUUCUUCCAAAGCCAUUGGAUCUUCAGGUCUUUUACAAACCAACAUCCAAAU